AUGGAGGUGACCUUAGGAAGGUUUCUCUUUGAGAGAUUGAGCCAAUUGAAAGUUAACACCAUCUUUGGCUUGCCAGGCGAUUUCAACUUAUCGUUACUAGACAAAGUUUAUGAGGUAGACGGAAUGAGAUGGGCAGGCAAUGCCAACGAAUUGAAUGCUGCGUAUGCCGCAGACGGAUAUUCUCGGAUUAAAGGAUUAAGUUGUUUGGUAACAACGUUUGGAGUUGGAGAAUUAUCAGCUUUGAACGGAGUUGGAGGGGCGUUUGCCGAAUACGUGGGGAUGCUUCAUGUGGUGGGGGUACCUUCCAUACUGUCACAAUCGAAACAGCUUUUACUUCACCAUACUUUGGGUAAUGGAGACUUCACUGUGUUCCAUAGAAUGUCUAAUAAUAUCCUGCAAACCACAGCUUUCAUAAGUGACAUCAAUACUGCACCCAGUGAGAUAGAUAGAUGUAUAAGAGAAGCAUGGGUGUAUCAAAGACCGGUAUACAUUGGGUUACCUGCCAAUUUGGUUGAUUUAAAAGUCCCAGCACAUCUUCUAGAUCAACCAUUGGAUCUUUCCUUACGUCCGAAUGAGCCUGAAGCCCAGGAGGAAGUGAUCCAAAACGUCUUGAAGUUGGUGGAAAGGGCUCAGAACCCCAUCAUCUUGGUAGACGCGUGUGCUUUAAGACAUAAUUGUCGGGAAGAAGUGAAGGAAUUGGUGAAUAUCACCAAUUAUCCUGUUUUCACCACACCAAUGGGUAAAUCCGGAGUGAAUGAAGAUCACCCGAGAUUUGGAGGAGUUUAUGUCGGGACACUUUCACAUCCUGAAGUCAAAGAAUCAGUUGAAUCAUCAGAUUUGAUCCUUUCUAUUGGUGCAUUGUUGUCCGAUUUCAAUACGGGUUCAUUCUCUUAUUCAUACAAGACCAAAAAUGUCGUUGAAUUCCAUUCAGAUUACACCAAAAUCAAACAAGCCAAUUUCCCCGGAGUUCAAAUGAAAGAAUGUCUUCAAAUGUUAAUCUCCAAAAUUGCACCUCUUGUUAUCAACUAUAAACCGGUUUCUGUGCCAUACGUUCCCGAAUAUAAUACAGCAUGUCCACCAGAGACGCCUUUGACUCAAGAAUGGCUUUGGACAAGAGUGUCACAUUGGUUUAGAGAGGGUGACAUUAUCGUCACCGAAACAGGUACCUCGGCGUUUGGAAUAAUCCAAUCAAGAUUCCCCAAUAACACCAUUGGCAUCUCCCAGGUGCUAUGGGGGUCCAUUGGAUUCACAGUGGGGGCGACCGUGGGGGCUGCCAUGGCAGCUCAAGAAUUGGACCCCACUAAAAGAGUCAUUCUCUUCGUGGGGGAUGGGUCUUUGCAAUUGACAGUACAAGAGAUCUCCACCAUGUGUAAAUGGCAGACUAACAAUACCUGGAUGUUUGUGUUGAAUAAUGAUGGGUAUACCAUUGAGCGGUUGAUCCAUGGAAUGAAUGCGACAUAUAACGACAUUCAGCCUUGGAAGAACCUAAAGAUCUUGGACUUGUUCAACGCUAAGGAAUCAGAAUCAACGAGAGUUUCCACUACUGGUGAGUUGGAAUCAUUAUUUGAAGAUCCUAUGUUUGCCGUGCUGAACAAGUUACGGAUGAUUGAGGUGUUGUUACCUCGGAUGGAUGCUCCUGCCAAUUUAGUCGCCCAAGCAAAGUUAUCAGAGCAAGUAAAUAACACGUAA